CAUCUUCUUCUUUUUACUUCUCCACGCGCCCGACUGAUCUUGUUCUUCUUCCUCUCCCUCGAUCCUCAAACCUCUUUCGACACCUCCUCUGGAUACGCCUACGCCGCGACAGCUUGCGCUCCCUACGUUUUCCCCCGCCGAGCCCGCAACAGACGAGGUAGAGCUGCUCCGAUUCCAGCGUCGCUAUUCGCCUCUCGCCUCCCACCUCCCCACCUCAUCCAACAGCUGCAGACUCUUUCGCCCAUCAUGAAGGUCACUUUCAAAGAUCUCAAGCAGCAAAAGUUCACGCUUGACGUUGAACCGACCGAGCUGAUCUCUGCCGUCAAGGAAAAGAUUUCGGCCGAGAAGGGCUGGGACCCCAAGCUACAGAAGCUCAUCUACUCGGGCAAGAUCCUCAAGGAUGAGGAAACCGUCGCCUCCUACAACAUCGAGGAGAAGGGUUUCGUUGUGUGCAUGGUGAACAAGCCCAAGCCCAAGCCCGCUGCUCCCGCUGCCGAAUCCAGCGCUCCUCCUGCGACUCCCGCCCAGCCUAUCGCCAACACUCCAGCCGCUCCCGCCGCCCCUGUCCAGUCCACAUCGCAUCAGGCUGCUGUGCCUGCGACUCCCACCCCCCAGCGCUCUGUCGAAGCCGGAUCCGGCGCUCCUUCAAAUGAGCCCUCGGGCCUGGCCAUGGGCGCUCAACGUGCCGAGGCGAUUGCCAACAUGGAGGCCAUGGGUUUUGAGAGGAGCCAGAUCGAGGCUGCCAUGCGCGCUGCCUUCAACAACCCUGACCGUGCUGUCGAAUAUCUUCUGACCGGAAUCCCCGAUAACAUCCGGCAAGAGCAGCAGCAGCACCAUGCUGCCUCUGGAGGACAGGCCCCUGCCGCUCAACCCGCCGCUCAUGGCGGUGAUGAGGGUGGUAACGUCAACUUGUUCGAUCUCGCUGCUCAGCGAGGCGGUUCUGGUCGGGGAGGAAGCGGUGGCAACCAAGCCGCCGCCGCGGCUGCUGCUGCGGCUGCUGCCGGUCAGGGUGGUGACUUGGGUAACCUCGACUUCCUGCGACAUAACGCCCAGUUCCAGCAGCUCCGCCAGGUUGUCCAGCAACAACCGCAGAUGCUCGAGCCCAUCCUCCAGCAGCUUGGCGCCGGCAACCCUCAGCUGGCUGAGCUCAUUGCCUCGAAUCCCGACCAGUUCCUCCAACUCCUUGGCGAAGAUGCUGAUGACGAUGUUCCUCUGCCUCCUGGUGCCCAGGCUAUUUCUGUCACUGAAGAGGAGCGCGAUGCUAUCGAGAGGUUGUGCCGCCUCGGCUUCGACCGAGACCAGGCCAUUCAGGCCUACUUCGCCUGCGACAAGAACGAAGAGCUUGCCGCCAACUUCCUCUUUGACCAACCGGACGACGACGAGACUGGACCUGGCAACUAG